GUGAAUCGGACCGCCAAAUAAGAGAGCAGCUGAGAAUUGUCAGCACAAUCCUUCAAAUCCCCGGUUUGGUUUUCCUUCUUCAGCUGCUCCCUGCCCCGGCUUGUUGAUGGAAAAUGUCAAAGCCAGAGACCUAACGACCUCGUUUCAACAGCUCGAUUUGCAUCUCAAUCCCAACAAGGCCACUCAGAAAUCAACCAAGUUUAUGUCUUGGCCACUCAGAAAGCCUCCCAGCUUGGUGAGUUUAUGUCUUGGGGUAGUUGGUAGGCAUUUUGAGGACAUCAUUGAGGACUUGCCUGAUAUUGCCCCGACUUUUCCACCUAAUAUCAAGAUGGCCCUCGCCGCAAUUGCAAGAAGACGAAAGUUACUGACUGAUGAUGUUAUUAUCGUAUUAGCUGAAAGUUCUUGGGACAUACUUGACAUAUCAGGUUCAGAUAUUUCUGAUUUUGGUUUAUCACAAGUACUUCAGAUAUGCAAAUCUUUGCGAGCAGUUGACAUAAGUCGGUGCAGCAAACUCACGUCAACUGGGAUUUCUGAACUCCUUCAGCAUUGCCAGUGUUUGGAGAUAUUGAGAUGGGGAGGGUGCCCGGCAAGUGACCAAACAGCACGGAGAUGCUUAAGUAUCUUGAAGCCUAUUUUACAUGAUGUGGCAGGAGAAUCUUGGGAGGAACUGGAGGCCACAGAUAUUGCCGCUGCUGCACAAUCACUUCGUUGGCUUGUAUGGCCAAAAGUUGACAAGGAUUCCUUAGAGAGCUUGUCUGUAGAAUGCCCCCGCAUAAUUAUAAACCCAAAACCAUCAGCUUUUGGAUACAGAGGCUUGGAAAUUCCUAGAGAAGCCUUCCCGAGUGCAGCAUUGGACGAUCCAGUUGUUGAAGAUAUUGAUCCAGAAACAUGGGCGAUAUCUGGGUUUACAGCUAGGUCAAUAAUUGCAUCAACUUCUGGAUCUGACGAGUUACCCAUGGCUGAAAAGUUUAGGCUUGCAUUUGUAGAGAGAGAUAACCGAUUGGCACCAAAGCGUGCAAAGAAUGCAAGGCAGCACCAGCGACGAGCAGUGAGGGAAUGGGUGAUGAUGAGUUCUAGAGCAAAAGCAAUGGCACUUGCCUCCCAAGCAACCAAGUCUCUACACCAUCGGAAUUAGGCUAGAACGUUAUCCUGCUUUCAUAUCAUGAUACAGCUAUGUUUCAUUCUUUAGAUCCUAAGGAUUAAGUUUUAUCACUUUAUUACUUGAAAGUUGGCCUGAAGUCUAUGCGGUUUUGCAGGCAUGAUUUUCAUUGUUUCAGUCUUUCUCGUUUUCAUAAUGUAGAAUGUAUGUUUUAGGUAUCUCUAGCGAUCCAGUGGAUGGGAGGAAUUCACUGAUCAGGGAUUGGGUUAUCAUUCUUCUUCUGCUUUUCCGUUGUAAAGUAUUUUAAGUACCGUGAAGUCUGGUUAA